CAGAGCGCGUCGUGUGGUCUGGCAGUAAUCCCUCUGUUCUUCAUCUCCUCCGUAACCCGCUGGUGAGAGCCACUGACUAUGGUUUCUGCCCCGACCGGGAAUACACCAAGGAACAACACAUCUUUGAGAAUGAAUGGAUUAUAUGGCUUCGGGGUCAGAAAUGACCAUCCGCUCGCGGCGGUGCGCGCUGUAGGUUCAGGUUCAGGGUAGGCUGCGAAAUUGAUGUAGGCUAAAGCUUAAACCAUUGGCAUCCCGUCAAUAACAGCUCGUGGGUACCGAACCCUUCCAAUUUCAUUUUCUACCAUAGUGCAUUGAGGAUAUCAGUUAUUUGUGUCGUUUAUUUUGACAUUUCCCCCCUUCUCGUUGCGCAUUUUAAUGUGUCGGCUGAGACAGGAUUCGCGUCAUGCUCAGCGUCAUGCUAUUUAUGGGAUUUGUAUUUUCUUCUCCGCUUAAAGACCAACAGAUCAGAGGCAUAUGAAAGAGAUGUGACACGGAUUCCACACAUCGAAGGAGGGGCUGCUCAGAGAAGAAUAUGAAAAAGCAAGACAUUGGAGAGACCAUCCAUUUUGUGUCUGGAGAAGAUUUUGAGGAAGGGGACACUGGGAUAGGCAUAAAUAUAGAAACAGGAGGAGCAGCCAGCUGUGAACAUACAUGUUGGGCCUAUUAAUUGUAUGAUUACAAUAACUAGGCCUAUAUGAUAAUGGCUGGAUCAUAUUCAAUAAAACAUCAUUACAUUUGAUUCCAUCUUGUCGGGAAAAAUACAAUAGGAAAAGAUGACCCAGCAAUCGUGAUGACCCUGUCAUCCCCCAGUGCCUUCAGCAUCACGUUAUAAUGUGGAGUGGCUGCGGGAGAAUAUAAACUGAAUUGUACAUAAAUAUCGCCGAUUUGUAGGCCUAUGGGAUUUUUUCAUAGACUAGGCCUACUUCAUAAUGUAACAACCCCCCUUUUACAUAUUUAUUUCAAGGCAAACGUUGAAUUAGUGUCUGUUGGGGGCGUACCCAUUCCAAGUGUCAAAUGAAAUGAAUAUCGACAUUGGAAUUUGACAUUUAAAGGGAGCAACCUCGAUAUAAUUGAGACUAAUGUUUCAAUCCAAAGGAACAUCCCAUGGCACACAUGCUCAAGUGAAUGAUGGUCUUUAUUCUCAAUGUUAUUUGUCCACCCUCCACUAAUUCCUGGAUUCAAAAUGUAUUACCCCGAAUGGAAACCAUAUGUGGCCCACUUGAUUUGUUUUUUCCCUCCCCCCAUUGCUGAACACGUUUUUCAAACGCAGACAAUAGUCUUACUGUCAAGUGCGAUACGCUUUUUUGAUGCUUAUAGUCAGAUUUUUUGUGAGUGACAUUAACAGAGGAGGAAUUGAUGACACAUACCUGGACACCGCUGUUGUACUCCGAGGAUAUUGCACGGUACAAGCCAGGAGCACCACCAGAGUCACUGGAAAUUCGACACAAUUCAAGUGCAAGUUCAAGUUUUUGGUUGUUUCGCUCAAAAUGUGGAGAGCUGUGUUGUAGGAGUGCCUCACGACAGAAAAAGAACAAGAAAGGGAUAUGAAUCCGAGAAGGUGAUGAUGAUGCUGGAUACACAGAAUGCGACCCAGGAGAUUGGCGAGGAGGUGGAGGACGGGGUGGUAUACACCAUCACCCUGCGGAAGGUGCAGAUGCUCCACCACCACCACCACCACCCUGGCCACCAUGUUGGUGGCAGCGGGGCCAUUAAGGGCCAACGCUGGCUCGGUGUGGAGACGGACGCAGCGCUCAGCCUGUAUGAGACGUGCAAGGUGCGCACCAUCAAGGCAGGCACGCUGGAGAAGCUGGUGGAGUACAUGGUGGCGGCGUUCCGGGGCAACGACUCCACCUACGUUACCAUCUUCCUCUGCACCUACCGCUCCUUCGCCUCCACCAAGCAGGUCCUGGACCUGCUGCUCAACAGGUAUGCCAAGCUCCAGCACCUGCCUGGCUCAGAGGGCCACAGACUGACUCACGAUGAUCGCACAGAUCUGAGGAACACGAUAUCCUCCAUCUUGGGGGCAUGGCUUGACCAGUACUCUGAGGACUACUGGAAUCCUCCGGAGUACAGCUGCCUGCGACGUCUCAUCUCCUACCUGCACCUCAACUUCCCGGGAUCGGACCUGGAACGCCGCGCCUGCAACCUCCUGGCCCACUUCCACCGCCGGCAACUCCAAGAGCCUGAGAGUGAGUUGCUGGACCAUGGCGGCUAUCCUUUCAACUUAUUGGAGGAGAAUGGCUACGAGGAUGACCGACUGGACUUUCUGAACUUUGACCCGGCGGUGGUGGCCGAGCAGUUCACCCUCAUGGACGCGGAGCUCUUUAAGAAGGUGGUCCCCUACCACUGUCUGGGGAGUAUCUGGUCGCAGCGGGACAAGAAGGGCAAGGAGCAUCUGGCCCCCACCAUCCGUGCCACUGUCACACAGUUCAACUGCGUCACCAACUGUGUCAUCGCCACCUGCUUGAGCGAGCGUUUGCUCAAACCCACACAGCGGGCCAAACUGGUGGAGCGCUGGAUCGAAGUGGCCAGGGAGUGUCGAAUCCUGAAGAACUUUUCUUCGCUGCGGGCCAUCCUUUCUGCUCUGCAGUGCAACCCGGUCCACCGGCUGAAGAGGACAUGGGAUGAGGUGUCCAGGGAGAACUUCCGCAUCUUCCACGAGUUGUCAGAAAUCUUCUCGGACGAAAAUAACCAUUCGCUCAGCAGAGAGCUGCUCAUCAAGGAGGGCACGUCGAAAUUUGCCACCCUGGAAAUAAACCCCAAACGAGCCCAGAAGAGACAGCAGCAACCCCGAGACCUGAGUGUGAUGCAGGGGACCAUUCCCUACCUGGGUACUUUCCUGACAGACCUAGUCAUGAUGGAUACUGCCAUGAAGGACUACCUGGACGGAGGGCUGAUACAUUUUGAGAAGAGGAGGAAGGAGUUUGAGGUGAUCGCCCAGAUCAAGCUUCUGCAGCUGGCCUGCAACAAUUAUAACUUCACCCGCAACAAGCGUUUCCGACAUUGGUUCUCCGGUGUGGACAAACUCACUGAGGCCGAGAGCUACAGUCAGUCGUGUGAGAUCGAGCCGCUGUCGGAGUCAGCCUCAAAUACUCUGAAAAAGAAGAACACAGGAAUCAUCAAACGCUGGAGCGAUCGCCAGCCGGCCAGCUUGGAGCCGGGCUACUGCAGUGCGGGCAGCUCUCACUCCAAGUCCUUUGACCAGCUGCGCUACGCCCCCGGCCUGGGGGGCUCAAGUGGAGGUGGAGGGGGUGACGGAGCAGACUCCCUGAGCGUCACCUCAGCCGGCUCCAGCAGCUCCGACGUCGAGGAGAUAAAUAUCAGCCUCAUCUCCGACUCGCCUGACGCCCACGAGCGAAAGACCUCCACGCCUUCCGUAAAACAUUCCAAUUCCACGUUAGGGAAGUGCGGCCCCUUGCCUGACCUGGCACCCACGUUCUGGGAGUCCACUUCUCUGUCCUCCUUGGACGCCUCUGGUGUGGGAUCUGGCUCGGGCUCCAGCAGCGCCUCCUCCUCCUCCAUGUCCUCCACGCCCGUGGUAGGGGCCGGCUCCCGCUCGCACAAGCGCUCCGUGUCGGGUGUGUCCAACUACUCAUCGCUGUCACUGCCCCUCUACAACCAGCAGGUGGACGAUUGCUGCAUCAUCCGGGUCAGUCUGGACGUGGACAACGGCAACAUGUACAAGAGCAUCUUGGUGACCAGUCAGGACAAGACGCCGGCGGUGAUCAGGAAGGCCAUGGUGAAACACAACCUGGACCGGGAGAGAGCGGAGGACUACGAACUGCUGCAGAAGAUCUCUGAGGAGAAAGAGCUGAAGAUUCCAGACAAUGCCAACGUUUUCUAUGCCAUGAACUCCUCGGCCAACUACGACUUUGUCCUGAAGAAACGUGGCUUCCCCAAGGUGGGCCGGACCAAGCACGUGGCCAGCUCCACACUGCCGCGCAUGAAGCAGAAAGGCCUGAAAAUCGGCAAGGGCAUCUUCUGAGGGGCUACACCAUGUCCUCGCCCACCUCCCGCUUCCUGCUGGGCUCUCUGGGUUCCAUCUUUUAGUACCACCCUUGCUGUGCCAUGGUAGAGGGGCCAGCCUCCAGCUCGGUCUUGUGUUCGGCGUCUGAGCGUCAAAGCCUCAGAGGACUAAUACAGCUGAGUGGGAUGGAAAGACCUAUAGGCCAAUGAACUUGCACAAAUCACUUCCUGUUAGCUUCAGCCCUGUGGACGUCCUAAUCAAGAGUGAGCACUCAAGAGGGAAAACUGAGGGAAAAUGGUAACUGUAUUUCAUCCAGGUGCGUCUGAAAAUGCCUUCCCUCUUAAAGGAGUUAUACUCCCUAUCAUUUCUACAGAACCCUCCCUCAGCUGGUGUGUGUGUGUGCGUGCGUGCGUAAAGUACUCAAGCACUCAGAGAAAGAGCGAGAGAGAGAUGGACAGAGAUGGAAACAUGAAUGUUGUAUUGUGAAAUGAACCGUGGUCUUUAAAUGUCUAGUCUGUUUGUUCCAUGUAGUGUAAAGAAAAAAAGAAGAAUGAAAGGUCUGUCCUUCUUGUCCUUUAUUUCUCUCUUUCGUUAAGGCCUUUUUUCCUUGUGUACCAGUUAAUUCAGGAGAUAAAGGAAAGAGAGGAAAAGAAAGAACUCAAAUUAAAACAUACUGGUCCACUCCGCGUGUGCCAAAGAACAGAUAAGAGUGGACUAUGACAUAUGAUCAUAGACCGUUUUUGGGAGCAUGGAGAUUGCAGUGGGGGAGUGACUUUGCUUGCUGUUGAGAGAUUCCUUGCACCACAGAUGUGUGAUUCUUUGUCUAUGACUCUGAUAGAAGAUCAUCUGAUAUGACGAGUCCUUGGUUUGUAGUACCCCGUGUCUAUCCAUUUCUUACAGUAUUGCAGCACUUAGGAUCAAACCUAACGUCCCUAAUUAUCAGCAGCCAUGUCAGUGGUAUUGUGGAUUACAGUGUUAAAACCUGUGUUCAUGCUCAAAGGGUUUUCUGAAAUGAUUGACUUUUUGACUGUGACCGUGUCCCACUGUGUCCUGUGCAUGGCAAUAAACAUUCUAAAAUGGACACAGGAUUGGGUCUCUAUCAGAGGGCAGGCUAUAUGUAGGCUGGCUAUACUUUACUUCUAUAGCCUUUCUACAUAUUGUGCAAACCUGAACCACAGUGUGCUGGCUGGCUCUGAUAUUUUAUUUUAAUAUGGUCCUUUCCAGCACAGUUCCAGCAACUAUGGUUGAUGCAUAACUAGGCCAGCGCAGUACAGCUUGGCUCAGCUCAGUACAGUAGUGUAAAAAGAGUAUGUCAACUUCCACAACAGUUUGAAACAUUGAAUUUACAUUUCACAACACAUCCUUGAUGUGCCUAAUAGUAAAGCCAUGGAAAUGUUUUCAGGUGCUAUAAUGAUAGUUUUUCAUAUGUCAAUUAUCAUAAGGAUGGGUGGUCAUAGGGGAGUGGCUAUAUGGACACUCCUGGUGCCAAAAUUGAUGACGUUUGUUGUGCAGUGAGAGUCGAGUGGUGACGAACGGAUUCGGUUCAGUCAUUUCAGACAGUCUUCCUGAUGAGCCGUUCCCAGCAAGCUAGUUUAAUGCUCGUGGCUAAAAACGUCAGCGAGAACUUGAAACUUGUCGGCCGAAGUUGGGACUUGGGAGUGUUAAGAAUCCUUUAGUUUUUGUCUAAUUAAUAAUUUUACAAAAUGUAACGUUAGAGGUAGUACAUUUUCGGUGAAAAUCACUAUUGGCUACACUAUCUACUUCCCUAUCCUUACUGCGUCAAGCGGGAGAGAAGGACACGGUGCCCUGUGUUGCGUUGGCUUACAGUGCAAACUCUCCCCAUUGAGCAGUGUAGACUGCAUAACGGUGACAUCCAUCUAGAUCACGACCAACAUUAAAUUGUUUUUCAUGUAGGCUGCUAUCCUACUCAAAAUAAAAUCAAGUGGGAUGGAACAAAUUGGAGAUGGUGACCAAAUCCAGAUGACCAAUACUACAAGUUGUUUCUCCCUCGCCCAUCCCUUUCUUUUACAAGUUUUAACUAGCGCCACGCUGCUGCUGUUGCCAGCUCGCCAGCAUAAACUAGCUGGGAAGGGCCUAUCAGGACGACUCACUGAACCAAAUCCACACUCGACUCUCAGCUGCGCUACAUAUGUCUAUCACGUUUUAAGGUAGGACCCAGAUGGAGACAGAGACAGGCAAACGACAGGUCAAGGCAGGCAGAGGUCAAUAAUCCAGCGAGAGUGUAAGGCACCGGAACAGCAGGUGGGCUCAUGGUCAGGUGAGGCAGAGGUCGGUAAUCCAGAGUAGAGGCAAAGGUACAGGACGGCAGGCAGGCUCGGGGCAGGCAGGCAGGCAGGCAGAAAAGGUAAAAACUGUUUAACUAGAAAACAGGGACUAUAGCGAAGACAGGCGCAAGGGAAACCGCUGGUAGGUUUGAACGAACAAAACGAACUGGCACAGACAGACAGAAAACACAGGUAUAAGUACCCAGGGGAUAACGGGGAAGAUGGGCAACACCUGGAGGGAGGUGGAGACAAGCACAAGGAUAGGUGAAACAGAUCAGGGCAUGACAAUGUCAUCCAUUUGAGCACCAGGUGUGUCCGUAUAGCCUCUCCCUAGUCACAUUAUAUAAGUACUGCGUUAUGAAUGCAUUCAACUGUGCUGGUUGGUGACAGUGAUGGUUGCUGUAUGUUUGUGAAUAUUGGGGUCCGGGAGUCUACUGCCCUUAUGUCAUUCGCUGGACUUCAUAUCGGUGGUGUUGAUGGAAGUUGCCCCUAAGCCCUGAUUCAAGGUCAGCUUAUAUUCCUACGUCCUAUGACCAAGGUUAGGAUUGAGGUUGGGAACGCUAAACCUAGAUCUGUGGUUAAAGACAACUUCUGUAAUGCGUCAAUGAAUGAGGGAUGGAUCCUUUGUGCACAUCUCAAACUUUUGUGUAAGUUCCCAGUUAAUGUGUGGGUGUAAGUGAGAGUUCAUCCCGGAAUGUGUGCUUAUUGUUUCUCUUUUUUUGCGAAUGUCUUUGUGUGCCCUCCCCAGGUACCCAGAAUAUCUAUAUAUCAGAGAGGGUGGGGUGGGGGGGGGGGGUCUGUCAUAAAGAUGUCAACAUUUCAGGUUUCACAAAUGUUAGUCUGUGUGUGAAAGAGACUCUUCUGUGUCUGUGUUGUUUUUGGUAAAAGUAAGGGCCGAAGACUGCACCGAUCAAACUAAGUUAGUCCCUCUCAGAAACACUGCCUGAUCAGGAACAUGUCCCCAUGCCUCAACCUCUCACAAUGAUCAUCCUUAAAACCUUUGUGCCAUCGCUCUCCAUCACUGUCAAAGACUCAGAACUCUCUAACGAUUACCUGUUCAAUGUUUUUUCUAUGUUCUUUUUGUAUUUUUUGUAUUAUAAAAGACUCAAUGUCCUUUGUACUUUAGAUUUUGUGUGUGUGUUUGCUUUAUUUAUUAACUUGUAAAUACUUUUGUAGCAUUCUACAUUUUGUUUUUUUUCCCAUGCAAUUACAAAUUAAUAUGUAAAUAUAUAUGCGAUGGUUAUACCACUGUAUUUGCAGGUCCACUUGUCUCCAUAUCCCUUUGACUUUGGUUGCUUUACGUCAAUCCUGUCUUUUGUAUAAUGGUCAGUUUUGAUAUUGCUUUCCCCCUUAUUGCGCUGUUUGUAAUGGAGAAAAACCCACCUAAUAAACACUUACCAUGUGUCAAAUCA